AUGUUAGACUGUAAGCCUGUAGAUUCUCCUAUGGAUCCCAAUGUCAAACUUGUUCCUGGACAGGGGAAGCCAUUAAAAGACCUUGGAAGGUAUCGAAAAUGGGUUGAUUCAGAUUCCCAACAUGGUAUCGGAGCAAUUGAUUGUAUUGCUGUCAGAUUCUUAACAGCAGUUAGUAUGGUUAGCCAAUUUCUCCAAGCCCCAUGUAGUGGUCAUUGGGACGCAGCAAUUUGCAUUCUCAAGUAUAUUAAAGAAGCUCUAGAACAAGGCUUGCUAUAUGAAAAUAGAGGUCAUUCUCAAAUUGUUGGGUAUUCUGAUGCUGAUUGGGCAGGGUCUGCAUCAGAUAGACAAUCUAUUUCUGGAUACUGUAUCAUGAUUGGAGGUAAUCUAAUAUCUUGGAAGUGUAAGAAGCAAGAUGUAGUAGCUAGAUCAAGUGUAGCGGCAGAAUAUUGGGCUAUGGCUCUCGCGACUUGUGAGCUCAUCUGGUUGAAACAACUUCUUCAAGAAUUGGGUGUAGUGAAGUGA